AUGCCCGACAAACCCGCGACGGUUGCCGCCUAUGCGGCCGGCGCCUCUCUCGCUGCCAUCACCCUGUUCUACGUAUUCGGACCCAAUUACACAAUCGACGGCGAGGACUCCAGCGGCAGCGAUCGCAAGAAAGCGAUUGUUGGCCUGACGAACCCGGCCAACGACUGCUUUAUCAACUCGGUCUUACAGGCCCUCGCAGGCCUCGGCGAUUUACGGGUAUACCUGAUCCGCGAGCUACACCGGCGUGAACUGGACGGGCCCGAUAUCUAUAACCAGCUGCCCGAUGUUGAUGAAGCGCCUACUGGCAAAGCAAGCCUACGACCAGACAGGCAGCGUGAGCUGCAGCAGGGGACGGUCACGCUUGCGCUCAAGGAGAUGCUGGAUCGCCUAAACGAACGGCCCAUUUACAAAAAGACCAUUUCAGCCCGGCCCUUUAUUGCGGCCUUAGAGUAUGCGUAUAGAACGCGGAUCAGCCGCAAUCAACAGGAUGCGCAGGAAUUUCUUCAGAUCGUCGCUGAACGGCUCUGUGAGGAAUAUCAUGCCGGCGUCAAAGCAAGGCGGCGUGCCCGCCGUCUAGCCGAGAGCCCAAAGCCUUCUUCUCAAUCGCCUUCAGAUGGCGAUACUACUCAACAUAGAGAUAAGGAGUCAUCCGAAAUCUCCGUGCGCAUUGAAGAUGGCACUGAAGAAGGUCUGCCGGCAAUGAUCGACACAAAACUCCAAGAAAUCGACGACGAAUCUGGCUUUCCAUUCGAGGGACAAUUGGAAUCCCAGAUCGAAUGCCAGUUCUGCCAUUAUCAGUACCGUCCUAACAAAACAUCUUUUGUCAAUCUGACAUUACAAGUGCCCCAGAAGAGCUCUGCCACGCUAAGCUCGUGUUUUGACGGGCUCCUCAAAACCGAGUAUAUUGACGACUUUCGAUGUGACAACUGUCGCUUACAACAUGCACUAGAGACAAAGGUCAUUUCCAAGUCCAAGGCAAAAUCCGAAGCUGAAAAGGAAUUGCUCGAGUCUCAUAUCUCCAAAAUCCAGUAUGCUCUAGAGACGGAUCCUGAGCAAAGCUUGGAUGGUAUCGACCUCCCUUCUUCUGAAACAGCGCCGAAACGUAGAAUUGCGCGCCAUAUGCGGAUCACAGUAUUUCCAAAGGUUGCCGCUAUUCAUCUGUCAAGGUCUAUCUUUGACCAGAGCAGUUCCACAAAAAACGCUGCCAAGGUUUCUUUCCCAGAGCGUUUGCCAUUAGGUGGCAUUCUCAAUCGGAAGUGGUACAAACUGCUGGGAAUUGUCUGCCACAAAGGUAGCCACCACAGUGGACACUACGAGUCUUUCCGAAGGAGUCAUACCUACCCUCCAUACUCGACGCCGGAUGCAUUCGGGUCUUACGCGGCCAGUCGGGUUGGCAGUGCGAAUGGGUCAGCUGUUGGCAGUCCACGCAUUUCGGCCAUGAAAAAGGCACAGUUCCCCGAUGGCACAGAGCCUAGUCCACUGAGUAUCUCGCCCGCGGAAUCUUCUUUGUCGUUGUCGAGCGUUAACCAGUCCUCACCGACCGUGUCGACACCAACUUCGACGACCAAUACUCAGCUAUCUCCACAAGAUUCGCCCAGUUCACGAUUUUCUCUACAAAGCACGCGGCCUCGGAAAUCUUCGAGUGUGAAGUCUCUGGCACGAUCUGCGAUGGGGACAUCAAAUGACGAAAGCAAAGACCACACUCCGAAACCCCCAUCUACGCGAUUGGGAUCUCCCAAACCAUCACAAGACCGGCCGUCAUCGAGUGGCCUCAGCGCGCAGCGGCUGCUGCGAAAGCGCAAGCCUAACGAGCGCUGGUGGCGUAUAUCUGAUGAAAAGGUCAAAGAAUGCAAGACCAGCGAUGUUCUGGGUAUGCAAAAGGAAGUUUAUCUACUUUUUUACGAGAUGGAGAAACCGUCACCGACGUCUGCUUCCGAGUACUAA